UUUUUUUCUUUCCCUUCCCAGUCCAGUAUCAGAUGGAGAUGAUGCGGAGCCUCCGCCACGUCAACAUUGACCACCUUCACGUUGGCUGGUACCAGUCUACCUACUACGGCUCCUUCGUCACCCGUGCCCUCCUGGACUCCCAAUUCAGCUACCAGCACGCCAUCGAGGAGUCUGUCGUUCUCAUUUACGAUCCUAUAAAAACUGGCCAAGGAUAUCUUUCACUGAAAGCAUACAGAUUGACACCUAAAUUGAUGGACGUUUGCAAAGAGAAGGACUUCUCUCCCGAAGCGUUAAAAAAAGCAGGCAUUGCCUUUGAAAGCAUGUUUGAGGAAGUCCCCAUCAUCAUCAAGAAUUCCUACCUGAUCAAUGUUCUUCUUUGGGAGCUCGAAAAGAAGUCAGCGGUAGCAGAGAGGCACGAGUUGCUCAGCCUUGCAAGCAAGUAA